AUGGCAUCCUUCAACUUCAACCACCUCACCUUCCCGAUGCAGGCCGUCCCACAGCAAUCGACCCUACCAUACUACCACCUCACCGACUGCUGCGACAUCCGCCUCUCAGAUAUCAAGAACCUUCUCCUCAUGAAGAGAGUCCCCUUCAAAACCGCCGCCACCCACAAACGCUGCACAGUCCUCCUCAACCGCGCCGAGCGCGGCCUGAUGUCUUACGAGGACUGCACGAUCGAGGAGCUGCAGCGCUUUCUGCAGCAGCGCGGAUUCGCAAGGGAGCCACCGAGUCAGCAUACGCGGCUGGUCCGCUUGCUGGAAAAGAUGGACAAUAGGGCAAAGUUUGAGCGCUUUCUAGAACUGCCGCCGGAGUUGCGGAAUGCGGUGUAUGGGUUUCAUUUGGGGGGUUUGGGGGUGUUGCAGGCGACGAAGCGAGAGCGAGACAGCAGGAGCGGCUCGCCUGUGCUGGUGAAGAGAGUGGUGGCGCCGCCGCUUUGUUUGGCUUCGAAGCAGUUGAGACAGGAGGCGAUGCUGCUGUUUAGUGGUAAGCGUCCGCUUCGGAGCGAUAUGAAGGGCUGA